AUGCUCCUCUUAUUUUACAUUACCUUAAUAAUAGCUUUUACGUCUGAGGAAAAAAUCGACAAACCAUAUAUUGUGCUACCCGUGCCCGUGGAAUUUCCAAAUCGUAAUGACCGUGCCGACCAAUGCUGGUUGAGGAUUGAGGAUAUUGAAAUUAUAGAAACAAUUACUAUAGACUGUUAUACGGCCCAGGAUUACGUUCGCGAUUUCAUUCAGGAAUACAACGCUAGAAAAAUUAUUGAAGACAAAGCUGACAUUAUCCCGUGGAGCGAUGAAACCAGGGCGAUUGAAAGCAAUCCAUCUUCCAUUGGUAACAGGAAACCAAAUGCCAUGACCGAUUGGAAAACUGUGACGGUAAUGGAUCCCACGACUCAUCACAGAUUGUAUGUGACGAAGAAUGCUGACUGCAAACUAAUUAUGUACAGUCGAGACGGAAUGACAAAUUAUAAAGUGGAAUGUAGUAACAUUUUGUACUUCAUUAAUGAAAGGAUGAACAGUCUCGCGACAACUUUAUGUGUGGCUAAAGUUUUAAUGAUUGUAUUAUUGAGUCAUUUGUUUUUAUUAUGA